UUUUCUCCGGUGCUCGCCCAUGCAACCACUUAUCACACACCAACAGACGGACCUGUCACGCUCUUCCACAACACCUCCCUCCCUUCCUCAUUCUUAUCUCCACCUCGGUUACGAGCAGUUCCAAAGCGUGUGUAUCGCCCACGCUCACAGGAACUGUUUCAACUCGCAACAAAGCGUGCUCGGCUCUAUGGACAGAGCAUGGAUGUCCCGUGGGAUGAGGAUGUCGUACUCCUUCCCGAUGUGUCCGACAGGGAGACGCUUCUAGAGCUAGCGAAGAUGACCAGCAACGCGUAUUCUGCCCCGGCAGAUAAGGAUUGGUAUGACCUCGGGCACAGGUGGAACAGCUCCGAGCCCUUUGGCUGGGAACCUGAUGACGACGGUUUCCGGGGACACAUUUUUGUCUCUUCCCACGCACCUCCUACCGUCGUACUUGCUAUCAAAGGAACCUCUGUCGGUAUAUGGGAUAGCGGUCCCACGGGCAAGAAAGACAAGCUCAAUGACAACCUCCUCUUCUCGUGCUGCUGCGCACGAGUCGGACGUACCUGGACACCUGUAUGUGACUGUUUCUCUGGCGGAUGGAAAUGCGAUCAAACCUGCCUGAGUGAUGCGUUGCGCGAAGAGAGCCUUUUCUACUCCAUCGGCACACAAUUGUACAACAACGUGACAUACCUAUACCCGGAUGCGAACAUCUGGAUUGUCGGCCAUUCCCUGGGAGGAAGUUUAUCGGGUCUUCUUGGACUCACAUUCGGCGCCCCGGUCGUAUCGUUCCAAGCACCCGCGGAGAAACUGGCGUCAAGACGCUUACAUCUACCCCUCCCGCCGUCGGAUGACCAUAUUGUCCAUGUCUAUCACACCGCUGAUCCCAUCGCCAUGGGCACGUGUAACGGUAUCUCCGUCUGCUCGUCUGCCGGGUUCGCCAUGGAGACGCGCUGCCAUAAUGGGCUUGUCGUGAGGUACAACACGGUAGAGGAGAAGCAAUGGAGCGUGGACUUGAGGACCCACAGGAUUUCUGCCGUGAUCGAUAGGGUGUUGAGCGAGGAUUGGCAACCUGGAGUGCCGGUGCCUGUUGCCAGCAGGGAAUGGGAGGAGGACUGUGUGGACUGUUACAAGUGGGAUUUUGGAGACUACAAGAACGCAUCCCGCAAGACGCUCGCUGGCGAGCUUGGUGGAUGCUUGUAGGUCAGCAUAGGUAUGAUAUGUGUGGAUUCCCUUGGCACGGUGGCAAAUGUUGUACACCACAUCACUUGUAGAUCAUCCAUCUGUACUGUAGUUAUAUCAACAUCGUUCCUUGG